UUCCUGUGAUUCAACAAUAGUACUGUUUGUGCACGAACUAUGUACGUCCAUGGUUUGUGUCACCCUGCACAAGUCUCGUCACCCAUGACAGAUAUGAAUGUGAUACUAUUUUUAGGUGAAAAUCUCCUUGUCUCUCAUCUGAACUGCUUUAUCGGUGUUGUUGCUACUUUAGCUGCUGAUUAUAAUGAUGAUCAGAACUAUCACAGGAGAAAGUCUAAUAAAGUUGUAUUAUUGAGAGAAGUGUUUAUAAUGGUCUCUUCUGCGCAUUCAUUAGAGUUACUUCCCUUCAGAUCUGCCGCCAGAAAACAGGACAAAAUGAACUCAAAUAGCUCUAGACACCGAAUAAACGCAGCUCUCAUGCCAAAAUAUCAUGGCAGGCAGGUUUGUUUAUUGGGCAAAGCAAAAGAUGUAGAUCCAAAUGGCACAUAUUUCACCCUAACCUCCAGUGACGGUAGAGAUGUGAGAAUAACGCUAAAUGAACCACUAAGUGAGUACGUAGCUGGUUUAACUGAGGUACAUGGUGUUGUACAGGGGAACAGCAUAAUUUGUGACAACUAUGUUCUUUUUUCUGAGGAAGCAUCUAACAAAUUUGACAUGGUGCUGUACAAUCAAGCAGUUGAAAUGAUGGAAAAAGCAGCAGAUUAUUACAUACAAGGUGUUGAACAAGAAUAACCUUCACCUGAUGCCUCCUGUGAGAAGUUAUGGAAAGAAAUGCUAUACUUCUCAUUGCAAAGUGUUGAAAAAAAAAUUUCUUUAAUGUUAUACACAUGCUGACCUAUCAAUUGUUCACUAAUUCAUGUGAAAAGUUUUGCUGCUGCAUUAAAUCAUAAAUGGUGCACUUGU